ACAACAAAAUUCAGACACUGCCAAAUCUGAUUCUCGUUCUAGUACCACUCUCUCUCUCUCUCCGAUUAUCUGUACACAUUGUAGAGGAUAAGAAGGAAAGAAAAGCGAGGAUGACAAUUCGUUCUCGCUUGCGUUCGAUCGUUUCGUCUAUUGUUUCAGUAUAUCCUCACGAGAUCUCUGCAUUGCUUCACUCUUCUUCCUGCUUUUUCUUCAUUUUAAGUGCGUACUUUGUUGUUCUUCCUUUACGUGAUGAUGGUGCCAUAUCUUUAGGUAUAACAAAUCUCCCUGGGCUGUUCGUUGGAUCAUUAGUCCUAACAUUGGUCGCUGCCCCUGUUUCGACAGUCAUCUUCUCUUUGCCCUAUCUUUCCAAAGGGAAAGCUUUGGUUUUGGUACACAGGUUUUUUAGUGUUUCCCUUGUUGUAUUCUUCGUUCUAUGGUACUCUUCUUCGGCUAAAUCUUUCCCUGCUGGUUCCAAGGUUUCAGUUCCUCACUCCACUUUUAAAGAGGAUCUCAAGGUUGAUGAAAACCAUGGAAGUCCUGCAAUUUCUGAUGGUUGGGGUAACCAUGGGUGGUUUUACAUUUCAGUCAGAACUGGCUUCUUCCUUUGGGUGGCACUGCUUAAUCUUAUUACUAUUUCUUCAACUUGGGCUAGAAUAAUUGAUGUUCUGGACAGUGAGUCAGGUUCAAGAUUGUUUGGGUUCAUUGGUGCUGGUGCUACGCUUGGCCAACUUUUUGGUUCAUUGUUUGCUGCUGCCAUGACUUGGAUGGGACCCUUUUUACUGCUGUUUGCUGCUCUCUUGAUGGAACUUGCUGCACAGUCAUCAAAAGGAAUCAGUCAGGGUAUACCACAUGACUCUGAAGAACUUUCUUUUCUGAGAGAAGGGGAUCCUGAUCAACAUGUUGAGACUGAUGAACAAAUCAGGCCUGCUCUGGCAGGAUCUUCCCCCAAGUUAUCUACUUCCUUGGGGAAUCCUCGGCUUUGGGUUAUCUUAGAUGGGCUCCGACUGAUAAUGUCAUCAAGUUACCUCCUUUCCAUAUCUUUGUUCCUAUGGCUUGGUGCAGUUGUCUCUUCCUUCUUUUAUUUUCAGAAAAUAACUGUAGUUGCCAUUACUGUUGCUAGUCCUCUUGGCCGAAGAAGGUUGUUUGCUCAGAUCAAUAGCUUCAUUGCUGUUUUUAUCCUUGCUGGACAACUCACUUUAACGGGACGUAUUCUUACAAUUGCUGGGGUUACUGUGGCUAUUUGCUUGGCUCCGUUCAUUGCCUUCUCAAAUAUGGUUGCUAUUGCUCUAUGGCCCACCUGGUUUGUGGUGGCUUUCUCUGAGACUUUGCGGAAGGUGGUUAUGUAUGUGGUAACCAGACCCGGAAGAGAACUCCUAUUUACUGUUGUCUCACGGGAAGAGAAGUAUAAAGCCAAGGUAUGUAUAGAUGUGAUUGUUCAAAGACUGGGAGAUGCAACAGCAGCAGGGAUGUACAAAUUUCUUUUUGGCACCCUCAAUCAGGGAACAUCAACUGUUUCCCUCUAUACUUUGCCUGUGUGUUUCUUGUGGAUAGUUACAGCAUUCUAUUUGGGACGUCGUCAAGAGCACCUGGCCAAGCUCCACGUUGCCUCUACACCCUGAUAAUUUUUUGCAGGAUGGGAAGGUUUGGCCGGCUGCUUAUCAUGUACGCAUGUAAGUGGGCCUACCCAUUUGUUUUAAGAGUCUAAUCAAAGUUAGGUUCCUCAUAGAUCACAUCUUUUUGAAAUUCAAACUUCCCCCCCAAUAUGGUUAGGGUAAUUGUAGCUCUGUGAUUUACUUAUUUAACCUAGUAUAUAAAUGGGGAAAAGUUUUCUUAAGAUAUU